GAGGAAAAUCCAUAAAUCCCUAAAAAAAAAUUCGCUUCAUUCUUAUCAGUUAUAUAAAUUCACUAUUUCAAAUAAUGUAGUCGAUCAUAAUUUAUAACAAUAUUCUUUUGGAUUAAAUUAAAUUAAAUAACAGAUCAUACUGUGAGCUAAAGAACAUCAGAAAGAAAGCCCUUGAUAUCAAAAUACCAAGCAAAUCCCAGUUGGAAAAUUGCAACCCCUAAUUUCAAAAUUGUGUCUUGGCGGCGAGGGACGGCAAAAUACAUGGCUAAAGCAAAGCAUCAGAAGCCCAAACAUAGAAAACCUGCCAAACAGACCCACAGCAAAAAGCGGGGAGGGAAGCAAAACGAUGUUUCUGAAUUGCGGGAGCAGCUUGAUGUUUUGAGUUUGAAGAUAAUUCAGGUGACUGCAGAUGGUAAUUGCUUUUUCAGGGCAUUGGCUGAUCAAUUGGAAGGCGAUGAGGAUCAGCAUGAGAAGUAUCGUGGCAUGGUGGUGGAAUUUAUUAAGGAAAACCGCGAAAUGUUUGAGCCUUUUGUGGAAGAUGAAAUUCCUUUUGAUGAAUAUUGCCAAUCCAUGGGAGAGGAUGGUACUUGGGCAGGGAACAUGGAGCUGCAAGCAGCUUCUCUUGUCACUCACAGUAACAUAUGCAUUCAUAGAAAUAUGUCUCCUCGGUGGUACAUACAGAACUUUGACAAACAUGACGCUCCGAUGAUUCAUCUUUCUUACCAUGAUGGAGAACAUUAUAAUAGUGUCCGCACAAAGGAUGACACAUGCUCUGGGCCAGCUAGGCCGAUUGUUAUAAAGGGUGAUGCUGAUCUUUCAGCUAAAUCAAAUCAACCAAAAUCAGCUGCAAGGAAAUCCACAGAGGAAUGUGGAAUGAAUGCUAUAUGUGAAGACUCUAUCAAAAUGGUGAUGGCCGGAAGUGGAUGCGAAGAUGCUAGAAAAGUUGAACAGGCUCUACAACAAGUGGGUGGGGAUGCUGAUGCUGCAAUAGAAGUCCUUGUGUCUGAAGAAGGAUCCUCAGAUCAUAUAGCUGUUGAAGCUGAAUCUUCUCCUUUAAUCGAAACUCCUAAUGGAAAUGGUUUUCCAGAAGAACACCAAGCUGAGAAAGAUUAUCACAAGCUACUGGUUCAAGACACAACAUUUGAACUGGAAUUAUCUGGCAAUGAUGCAGAGACAAAUAACACAAAAGAGCCCCAACCUGAUGAAAAGAAAAUCCCAAGGAACAAGGCUUGCCCAUGUGGCUCAAAAAAGAAGUACAAGUCUUGCUGCGGUACAGUUUCUGGGAGAUCAUCCACCAGAUUUCCAGUUAACCAAACAGUUGACUACGGUAAGAGCCGGAAGGACAGAAAGCAAGGUAGAAAAGGUGGCACAAUUCUUGUUCAUUCUGAUGGAGGGCCGCCUGACAUGGGUGCACUAUGCAUCUAACAUAUUCCAGGUCAUUUAUGGAAAUAAUUCAAUGAAUUGAAGAUAAAUUGUUGUAUCUUAUUCCGGCGAAGGCAACGCAGGAAAUACCGUUUACAAAAUAUGGCUCAUACCUAUAUACUCCAUUUGGCAUGGUUAGAAACUUAGAAUAGCGAAUACCUUGCAAGUUUUGACUCUUUUUGUUGUGUUAUAUUGAUAUAGGUUUCGUUUUAAGUGUAAAAACAAUUUUUGUUUUAAGUGGAAAUACAAUUAUAAUUUAUUUUCAUUUUUUUAUGUGAAGUUUUAUGUAGCACUUAAAUUCAUUGUGCCGGCUGGGCCGAACAUCUUACUUUUAUUGGCCUAUCUUGGUUCGAUCA